GAAGUUAUCGUCGUUGCGGGCAUCCUGCAUCUUGAUAUCGAGGGGCUGCUCGAAGUACCCCUUCAUGAUGGACAGCAUGUCUUCCCAGAGUUGGCAGAGCUCCGGGUCGCUGGUCAUGUUGAGAUAGAAGAAGCCAUAGUUCUGGCAAACGCUGAGGAGUCUCUUGUUCUCCGUCUCAUUGUCUGCACGGAGAAGAUCAAGGUCGAUUGUUGGGAGAGACUCCGCAACGAGAAUGGGCUCGGUGAUGGCCAUUUUGGAACUUUUGAGGAAGAAAAAACGCUUGAUGGGAAUGUCUCUGGGAUGAGAGAAAGAAGAAUUGGAUUGUUUUCGAAGCCAGACAUGCAACUUUCGACCUCCUUAUAUGCCCCUGGAGUUGGCCCUCUCGUGGCAGUCACGGCAAGUAUCUACAGUAUCAUUCUCCGAUGUAUACAGAUUCCUCAAGUCCCGUCCUACUUCCACCGACGGCUAAGGGGCCAGAAUCUCAGAGACGGCUUUGAGAUGGCGUGA